UUUGAAGUCCAAACAGUCCUCGGGGCCGGUGCCGCGCGCCGCCUCUGGUAGCCCUCUCCGCCUCCCGCGCUCUGCCUGGGUCUCCGCGGCGUUUUCAGGAGUUUAGAGAAAGCCCCGGCUUCAAGUUCUCGUGGGUUCGAAACUUUACCAAACUGCAGGGCGCAACAAAGGGUCAGAGAGCCCGGGCGUCUUGCAGCCGGAGAGAGGCCGGAGCAGCGGGCCGGACGCGCGCGGCACUCCCGCCUUUCCGCACACCCACUAUGUCUCUCUCUCCCCCUCUCCCCCUAGUUCUGGAAGUGAUGGAGGAGGCGGAGGCCGACUGCGCCCUCGCGUUCGCCGAGGCCCAGAGAUGGGUGGAGGCAGUGACAGAGAAGAAUUUUGAGACAAAGGAUUUUCGAGCCUCCCUGGAGAAUGGCGUUCUGUUGUGUGAUUUGAUUAAUAAGCUUAAACCUGGUGUCAUUAAGAAGAUCAAUAGACUGUCCACACCAAUAGCAGGUUUGGAUAAUAUAAACGUUUUUUUGAAAGCUUGUGAACAGAUUGGAUUGAAGGAAGCCCAGCUUUUCCAUCCUGGGGAUCUACAGGAUUUAUCAAAUCGAGUCACUGUCAAGCAAGAAGAGACUGAUAGGAGAGUGAAAAAUGUUUUGAUAACGUUGUACUGGCUGGGAAGAAAAGCACAAAGUAACCCCUACUAUAAUGGUCCCUAUCUUAAUUUGAAAGCAUUUGAGAAUCUUUUAGGACAAGCUCUGACUAAGGCACUUGAAGAGUCCAGCUUCCUGAAGAGGAGUGGCAGAGACAGUGGUUACGGUGAUAUCUGGUGCGCUGAGCGUGGAGAAUUACUUGCUCCUCCAGGCAACUAUAAGAGAGAAGAUUCAUUUGAAAGCUUGGACUCUUUCGGGUCUAGGUCAUUCACAAGCUGCUCCUCUGAUAUCACGUUGAGGGGGGCACGUGAAGGUUGUGAAAGUGACACAGAUUCUGAAUUUACAUUCAAAAUGCAGGACCAUAAUAAAGAUGAUAUGUCAUAUCGAAGGAUUUCGGCUAUUGAACCAAAGUCUGCUUUACCAUUCAAUCGCUUUUUACCCAACAAGGGUAGACAGCCCUCCUAUGUGCCGGCGCCCUUGAGGAAGAAAAAGCUGGACAAAAAUGAGGAUAACAGAAGAAGCUGGACAAGCCCAGUCUACAUAGAAGCCGAUGGAACAUUUCCAAGUAACGAGAGGAGGACUUGGGGCACAAACGUGGAGAACUGGCCAACGGUACACGAAACUUCCGACUCCUCUUGUUAUUUGGAAGAGGCAGAAGAAAAGACAAGCGUACCCAACACUGUAAAGGAUGAUCUUUAUGUGCGAAAGCUAAGCCCAAUCAUGCCAAGCCCAGGGAGUGCUUUUGAUCAGUUUCUUCCCAAAUGCUGGAUCCCAGAAGAUGUGAACUGGAAACGAAUAAAAAGGGAAACUUAUAAACCAUGGUAUAAAGAAUUUCAGGGAUUCAGUCAGUUUUUAUUACUUCAGGCCCUCCAGACAUAUUCUGAUGACAUCUUGUCUUCUGAAACAAAUAUCAAAAUUGAUCCCACUGCUGGCCCAAGGCUCAUAACACGCAGAAGGAAUCUCUCUUAUACACCAGGAUAUAGACCAGAUGACCUGGAGAUGCCAGCCCUGGAUCCUGACUUAGAGAAUGAUGAUUUCUUUGUCAGAAAGACUGGGGCUUUCCAUGCAAACCCAUGUGUUCUCCGGGCUUUCGAAGACUUAAGAAGGCUUUCUGGGCAAGACGAUCCUGUAGAGCAAGAUAUAAUUCUGCAGUGUAGGGAAGGUGAACUUGUACUUCCAGACCUAGAAAAAGAUGAUAUGAUUGUUCGCCGCAUUCCAGCACAGAAGAAAGAGGUGCCUCUGUCGGGAGCCCCAGACAGAUACCAGCCAGUCCCUUUCCCCGAACCCUGGACUCUUCCUCCGGAAAUUCAAGCAAAAUUUCUCUGUGUACUUGAAAGGACAUGCCCACCCAAAGAAAAAAGUAAUAGCUGUAGAGUGUUAGUUCCUUCCUGUAGGCAGAAGAAAGAUGACAUGUUGGCUCGUAAGAUCCAAUCUUGGAAGCUGGGAGCUACUGUGCCUCCAGUCAGUUUCACCCCUGGUCCCUGCAGCGAGGCCGACUUACAGAAGUGGGAGUCCAUCCGGGAGGCCAGCAGGCUUAGGCACAGGAAGCGGCUGAUGGUGGAGAGACUCUUUCAAAAGAUUUACGGUGAGAACGGGAGCAAGUCCAUGAGUGAUGUCAGCGCAGAGGAUGCUCAGAACUUGCGUCAGCUGCGUUACGAGGAGAUGCAGAAAAUAAAGUCACAACUAAAAGAACAAGAUCAGAAAUGGCAGGAUGACCUUGCAAAAUGGAAAGAUCGUCGGAAAAGCCACACUUCAGAUUUGCAGAAGAAAAAAGAACAGAGGGAAGAGAUUGAGAAGCAGUCGCUUGAGAAGUCUGAGAGAAGAUCUAAGACAUUUAAUGAAAUGCUGCAGGACAGGGAAUCCCCAAAUCAGAUGUCUAUAGUUACAUCGAGGAGGAGACUGUAUUCUUCCGAUGAUGGAGUGAAUGAAGAAAAGCUUCCCCCUAUGCUGACUAUGUCAGAAGCAAGUUCCCAGAGUGAGAGAGUAGAAGAGAAGGGAACCACUUAUCCGACGGAAAUUCCUAAGCAAGAUUCUAUAACUUUUGCAAAAAGGGAGGCUACUAUCACAGCUGAAAUUCAGCUUCCUUCGAAAAGCCCCGUGGAAGAACAACGCCCAGCUUCUUUGUCUUCUCAGCAUUCACUGAAUACACAAAUGGAGUCGACUCGAGUUUCAGCUACUCUCCCUAGAAGUUACCAGAAAACUGAUGCGGCCAGGUUAACGUCUGUGGUCACACCGAGACCUUUUGGAUCUCAGUCAAGGGGAAUCUCAUCACUCCCGAGAUCCUACACGAUGGAUGAUGCUUGGAAGUAUAAUGGAGACGUCGAAGGCAUUAAGAGAACCCAAAGCAGUUCGGUCAGCAUCUCUGUGCAAAGACCUGACACGAGCCAGCUUGCGUCCAGGUCAUCCAGCGAAAGACAGGCGGCGGCAUCCAGAGAAAGUGUGACGAGGCUGCUCUCUCCUACACCCACCUUCUCAUCUCCUUCCCAGGGGCAGGCUGCCACUUCGAAAGACACAUUAUCUUCAACAUCUAGCCCCGAUUUAACGUCUGAGCUUGGAGAAGGGAGAAGCUCACCACAGACAGAGGUCUCAAGAUCACAGGAUCAGUUCAGUGAUAUGAGAAUCAGCAUAAACCAGACGCCUGGGAACAGCCUUGACUUUGGAUUUACAGUAAAAUGGGAUUUUUCCAGGAUCUUCGUAGCAUCAGUCGAAGCAGGUAGCCCAGCAGAAUUUUCUCAGCUACAGGUAGAUGAUGAAAUUAUUGCUAUCAACAACACUAAGUUUUCAUAUAAGGACACAAAAGAGUGGGAGGAAACCAUGGCUAAUGCUCAGGAAACUGGAAACCUAGUAAUGGAUAUCAGGCGCUAUGGAAAGUCUGACUGGGGCAAAGACCAGCCUUCCCUGCCAUUUACACGGCAUAAAACCCUCAAUCUCACCAGUAUGGCUACCAAAAUUAUAGGUUCACCUGAAACAAAGUGGAUUGAUGCAACUUCUGGAAUUUACAGCUCAGACAAAUCUUCAAAUCUAUCAAUAACAGCUGAUUUCUCAGAAAGCCUUCAGAAUUCUAAUACUGAAUCAAAGGAAAUUAAUGGAAUUCGUGAUGAAAGCAAUACUUUUGAAUCAAAAGCCUCUGAACCUAUUUCUUUGAAAAACUUAAAAAGGCGAUCACAAUUUUUUGAACAAGGAAGUUCCGAUUCUGUGGUGCCUGAUCUUCCAGUCCCGACCAUCAGUGCCCCGAGUCGCUGGACGUGGGAUCAGGAAGGGGAGAGGAAGCGGCAGGAGAGGUGGCAGAAAGAGCAGGACCGCCUGCUGCAGGAAAAAUAUCAACGUGAACAGGAGAAGCUAAGGGAAGAGUGGCAAAGGGCUAAGCAGGAGGCUGAGAGAGAGAAUUCCAAGUACUUGAAUGAGGAGCUAAUGGUCCUAAACUCAAACAGCAUUUCUCUGACCACACGGGAGCCUGCUGUGGCCACCCGGGGUGAAGAGUCCAAGGCACCUGACACGGAAGGAGCCCCGGCAGAGGAGGAAACGAAGCAGCAGCAGCAAGAGAAAGACCAGGAGCAGAAGCGGCGCGAGGCAGAGGCAGAGGCGGAGGCGGACGAGCAGAAGCGCCAGGCGGAGAGAGAGGGGGAAACUUCUAUCCAAAUCUACCAGUACAGAAGACCUGUUGAUUCCUAUGACAUACCAAAGAGAGAAGAAGAAUCUUCAGGUUUGCUUCCUAGUGACAGGAAUAAAUCCAGAUCCACUACUGAACUGGAUGAUUACCCCACAAAUAAAAACGGAAGCAGUAGAUACUUAGACCGAACUGGGAGCAGUAGCUCAUCGCAGAAAAGCUCCAAGAAGGAACAAGUCCCAUCAGGAGCGGAGUUGGAGAGACAACAAAUCCUUCAAGAAAUGAGGAAGAGAACGUCCCUUUAUGAUGACAACAGCUGGAUCCGACAGCGCAGUUCCAGUGUCAAUAAAGAGCCGAUUUGUCUGCCUGGGAUUAUGAGAAGAGGUGAAUCUCUAGAUAACCUGGAUUCCCCAAGAGCCAGUUCUUGGCGACAGUCCCCUUGGCACAACCAGCCUUCAGGAGUCUAUGCCACUUCCUCUGUCCAAGACUGCAGUCGCCCCCCACCUCAGCUGCUGUCCACUUCGAACCGUGCCUACAUGCGGAACCCCUCCUCCAGCGUACCCCCUCCCUCAGCGGGUUCCGGGAAGACCACCACCCCGUCCCCCAUACCGCGCAGCCAUUCCCCUGCGGUUCCGCAGCCCGGCUGCCAGCCACGCAACAGGUCGGUCAGUGGGAAGCGCGUGUGCUCCUAUUGUCAUAACAUUCUGGGCAAAGGAGCCGCCAUGAUCAUCGAGUCCCUGGGUCUUUGUUAUCAUUUGCAUUGUUUUAAGUGUGUGGCCUGUGAUCGUGACCUCGGAGGCUCUUCCUCAGGAGCCGAAGUCAGAAUCCGAAACAACCAACUGUAUUGCAACGACUGCUAUCUCAGAUUCAAAUCUGGACGGCCAACCGCCAUGUGAUGUAAGCCUCCACACGAAAGCACUGUUGCAGAUAGAAGAAGAGGUGGUUGCUGCUGAUAUAGAUCAAUAAAUAUACGUUGUAUGUCCUUUUGCUCUCUUUUUUAAAAAGAAUAAUACUUUUUCUGGCCUCUUUAGAUUAUAUCAGAGCAUCAUAGUCUUGGUAGAACCUGUAUUUUUGUUGUUUAUUUAUAAGAAGGUAAUUAUGUGUGGGGAAAAGUGCAGUAUUUCCUUUUUGAAUUCAGCAUUAUAAAAGCACAGGGGAAAAAUAAGAACUUCAAAAUAUUUUUUUGAUGCUGAUAAUGAUCUAGUUUGACUUUCUAGUGGUGUUUUGAGGAGGGUUAUUUUAUUGUUUUUUUUUUAAGUUUUGGAAACAUUAUUUGAAAUAGUUAAUAUAAAUAUAUAAUUGCAUUUGCUCUGUUUAUUAUAAUGUAUUCUAAAUUAAUGCAGAACCAUACGGAAAAUUUCACUAAAAUCCACCCCCAAAUUUGCUUUCUGUAUCCUUCAUUUCAUUUAUGUAAUAUUAUUAAUUUUUUUUUUUAGCUUAUAUGACAUUUUAUUUGCUUGAUGAGGGGAGCUCUAUUUUCUUCACCAGAAUUGUCACUAAGCAAUUCCCAGUAGAAAUUGCUUCUUUUCAUUCAUGGAAAAUCAUCAUGGUUUGUAUGCCAGAAGUUUUCUCCAGAAACUAGUGAGCCUUUCUGUUCAACUGCAUUUGUAAAUAAACUUGCUGAUGCAUUUAA